AUAAAAUAUUACAUGCCGAUUAAAUAAACAAACAGAUGAACGUGUUCAUUCUUCUUCAUCCAAGAAGCUGCGUACGCAAUCAUCACACAUAUACACACACACUAUACUUACAGAUACUUACACAACACAAACAGGCAGUCAACUACUACUGCUCCCCCAUCCCAUUAAACCCACCACUCCAACCACUUUUUUUCUCAUUUAAUAAUUAAUCACACUAAUUUUUAUUUAUUGAAAAGCCACUUUUUUAAUCAUAAGCUGAAUUGGGUUGGUUGUGAAUAUUUGGUAUAGUGUAAAGCUCUCUUUUUUAUCUGUUGGGUUGAUAAGAUAAAUAAAAAUCUGAUAUUUAAGAGAGGUGAGUUUUGGAGGGUGUACAAGGUGGUGUGUUUGGUAAAGGAAGAAGCUUGAUCUGAUUGAGCCCAAGAACAAGAAAAUGGGAUCAAGUGGAUCCAAGCCCAGAGGAUGUGGAGGUGUCAUGGGUAUUUUUGGAAGAAAACAAAGGAGAUCAAUGAGAAACAAGAAGAAAAAGAUUGUUGCUGAUGCUGAUAAGCUCAGUAAGGUUGAUUCUUCUGUUUCUGUUGUUAAUCCUACAUAUCAAGGUAAUUCCGACACCUGGUUUGACCCUGUGAUGAAUGUCGAGUCUGAUGGUGAUGAUGAUUUUUACAGCAGUAAAGAUGAUGUAUCUCAGGAUGGUUCUAUAUCAACUACUGUGACUCCAAGAUGUUCCGAUUCCAUACAUUACAAUGGCGCUUUUGCUACAUCAGAUCCUGUCCCGCAACCAAGCACGUUACCUAAAGAACAUAUAGAAUGUAAGAGAGAUACUGCUAAUAAUGUGGCUCCAACAGGGUCUCAACUGAAACCUCGUGUUCUGCAAACUGAUAGAAAAAUUUCAUUAGUGGUGGAUGAUAUCCCUACUCAUUGUGCUGACGAAAAUGCUAGCGGGGAUCUGGGAAUGUUGCACAAUUGUGGUCUUCUGCCUAAUAAUUGUUUGCCUUGUCUUGCUGGUACUACCUCCUCAAGUGAUGAAAAGAGAAAAUCGCUAAGCUCAAGCCCAAAGAAAAAGGCACCUUUAAGACUUUCCUUUAAGUGGAGGGAUGGACAAGCUCAUCCUACAUUAUUAUCUCCCAGGGCUCUUCUACGAAGGCCUAUAGCAGGUUCUCAAGUUCCAUACUGCCCGAUUGAUAAGAAAUUAUCUGAUAGCUGGUCACCGAUUGAGCCAAAUACUUUCAAAGUUAGAGGGCCGAACUAUUUCAGAGAUAAAAAGAAAGAACCAGCUCCAAACUAUGCUGCAUUUUCACCUUUUGGAGUAGACGUGUUUGUAUCUCCACGUAAAAUUGAUCACGUUGCACGUUUUGUGGAACUUCCUGUCAUCGAAUCAUGUGGGAAAAUCCCUUCUGUCCUUGUAGUAAAUCUUCAGAUACCGUUAUAUCCUGUCACCAUAUUUGAGAAUGAAUAUGAUGGGGAUGGAAUGAGUUAUGUUCUUUACUUCAAGCUAUCAGAAGGUUAUUCAAAGGAACUUCCUCUGCAGUUUCAGGAAAAUAUCAUGAAAUUAAUUGAUGAUGAAGUAGAGAAGGUCAAGGGUUUUGCUAUGGAUACAAUUGCUCCGUUCAGGGAAAGGUUGAAGAUUUUAGGCCGGCUAGAAAAUUUGGAGGAAAUCACCUUAAGUGCAGCUGAACGGAAGCUCAUGAAUGCAUACAAUGAAAAGCCUGUACUGUCACGUCCUCAGCAUAAAUUUUACUUGGGAGAAAACUAUUUGGAAAUUGAUCUAGAUAUGCACAGAUUUAGUUACAUAUCAAGAAAAGGUUUCGAAGCAUUUCAAGACAGGCUAAAACUCUGCAUCCUGGAUUUUGGGCUCACGAUACAGGGAAACAAGGCCGAGGAGUUGCCAGAGUGCAUCUUGUGUUGUGUGCGGUUGAAGGAAAUCGAUUAUACCAACUACCAUCAAUUAGGAUUCUAAAUAAAAAAUUUGGUUGAACCACACAUUACAUAGUGUUAGAGGAGCUACUAUAUGUGGUUAGCUUCUUUCUGUAUUACUUCAUUUUUUUGUCAAGUUCAAAUGGAUCUGAAAAUGUUGAACUAUUAGCCUCUCAAUUGCAUUGAGCAGGACAGAAACCUCGUGUGUAAAGUUCUAAUACAAAAUGUAACGAGACUCGAAUAAUUGAAACAUGCAGCCAAUACUCUGACUCUUGAUCAUCA